AUGGACCGGGCCAGGGACCGCCUGCCCCAGCGACGCCCCGACCAGCAGGCGCCCGAGGCGGCGGUGCAGGUGAAGCGGCGCAGGACUGCCUCGCUGGGCGCACCCGUGUGCCCCCUGAACCCACGCCCUUCCCCGCGCCAGCCCGCGGCCCUCGUGGACUUCCUGGACUUCCCGGCCGAGCUGCGCCAGGCCUUCCUGGCCGAGACCCCCCGGGGCGGCUAG